AUGAGCCACACCAACCACUCAGGGUUCAUCACAGAAAACCUGUUUUCAUGGAUCUUAACGGCUUCAUUCAUCGUACUUGCUUUGUUUGCCCGGGUGACAAUGGAGGACAAAGUAGAAGGUCCCUCAAGUGACCUUUUCUGCAUCACCGACUGUUCCACAUGCCCUGCAAUAUGUUCACCCCCUCCUCCAACACUGAUCAUAACAACAUCACAUCCUCCACCCUCUCCUUCACCUCCACAUUCUCCUUCAUCACUACCUUAUAGUUCUUAUUUGUCACCACCACCCCUUCCCAAGCCUAAACUAGGACCACCUCCACCACUGUCAUAUUCUCCAGGCGUUCCUCCCCCACCCGCUCCUUUCAAGUCCUACAACACGCCACCUUCAGGUUUGGGACAGCCACAACCUACGGUGGUCUCAGGGCCGCAUGACUUUUCCUAUCCCUAUUACUAUUUCUACGCUUCUGCUGCUUCUUCACCUUCUAUGCAUGCACCUUUUUGUGUCGUGUUAUUCUUCCUAUUCAAUUGUUUUAUAGAAUAA